UAUUAUUAUAUAGGCUAAAUGUUAUAUAUAUUUUUUAAUUUCCAACUCUUCACUGCCUUGUGAAGUUGUGCUAGUCAAACGGGCCAGUUUGACAUAAGCAUCUGGCCUAUUUUUUUAUUAUUAUUAUUAUUAUUAUUUAUUUAUUCUUUUUUUAUUAUUACUUUGUAGAUCUAUGUCUUAGUUUGACUAUCAAAAACUAGGUUGACUAACCUAUGUUAAGAAGCCACAUAUUUAUACGGUUUGGUAUGGAAUCACUGAAUGAAGACGCUGAAACACCCAAGAUUGCUUUGAGAAUCUAAAACUAAGAAAAAAGAAAAACGACGUGAAAUAUUCACACUUUUCCUUAAUUUAGCGUAUAUCUGUUUAUAAAUACGACUUACUGUUAGUGUUCCAAUAGCAUAUAGUGUUGCAAAAUUAUGCAGCAAAAAGGCUUUCCGAAAUGGGCAGGUGUUUGGUCAUUUUACAGUUCUUCCAGUAGGUGACGCCCUCCGCUAACGUGGGAUGUGGCGCUCGAUGGGGAGGCACCAUUGAGUUGAACCUAACGAUCAUCAUUUCGUCAUCAUUUGUAACCAUAGAGCAUGAAUUACCUCUUGAAGUCAUCAGAGAGAAUUUACGACUGGUCAACAAAGGCACGUGAUGCCCUAACGCUCUCCCAUAUUUGGCCGCAUACAUGGCAAAAACGAAGUACAGUGCAUUGCUAUAAUUCAUUAUUACAUCAUAAAUUGUGCGGCGCUGGAUUUUAACGACCAAGAUCUACAAAUCAAGACAUUUUAAAACAUCCAAAUGAGCUCUUAUUUUCUAAACUCGUUCUCAGGGCGCUAUCCAAAUGGGUCUGACUAUCAGUUACUAAAUUAUGGUACUAACGGCGCUAUGAACGCUUCUUACAGGGACUCCACCAGCAUGCAUUCCGGGUCUUUCGGUUACAACUACAAUGGAAUAGACCUUAGUGUAAAUCGUCCCAACAAUGGCCAUUUCGGUGCAGUUGGAGAUAAUUCUCGCUCUUUCCAAAAUCCGGGUCAGGAGACCCGGUACAGACAGUCGAGCUGCUCGCUCUCGUCUCCAGAUCCCAUGUCUUGUGCCACCAGCGAGAGUCUGGAAUUGAAGGGUUCAUCUCCUCCAUCUGAUCAGAGCACACCAACCGGCAACAGCAGACUCACCAACAGCAACAAUCUCACCAGCAGCAAUAGCACACAUUUUGCGGACACAGACGAGACCAAUGUCUCGUCCGAGACCGAGGAAGGAGCACAGACCACCACCAACACACGUACGCAGAAGCAAGAAUCUGUGGCGACCUCGACUACAACACCUAACGACGGUCAAACUCCACAGAUAUUCCCAUGGAUGAGGAAGCUGCACAUUAGCCAUGAUAUGACUGGACCUGAUGGAAAACGGGCUCGAACAGCUUACACUCGCUACCAGACGCUCGAGCUGGAGAAAGAGUUCCAUUUCAAUAGAUACCUAACACGCAGGAGGAGAAUAGAGAUAGCUCACGCUCUCUGCCUCUCAGAGAGGCAAAUCAAAAUCUGGUUCCAAAAUCGCAGGAUGAAAUGGAAGAAGGACAAUAAACUGAAAAGCAUGAGUCUCGCUACGGCGGGGAGCGCAUUUCAAAAUUGAGCAUUUCACGUCACAUUAAUUGGAAAAUUCGACUACUGUUACAGCGCUGCACCUUUCAGCUUGUUGAUAUCACCUGACGACGUGUGAUUUCCCCCGUGUAACUCAAAAUUGUCAGCUCUUGAAUAUUGUUAUCACAUAUGCUAAACUAGUUACAGUUGCCAUAAAAUGAGUGUGAAUGUCAAGUGUGUCAAGUUUAUACAUUCGUGGAGGAAAGCAUGUUCCAUGUGAGCUAUUCGUGCAACGUAUUCUAGACCUGUUACAAGAAUUAUGUACAGUACAACUCGCACUACCUAACUAUCUUAAGUGAUAGUGUAAAAAAAGAGAAACUUUUGUUGUAUCCUUGAACUUGUAUUGAAACGUCAUGUAUUAUUCACGCAACAUGCUAUAUUCUUGUUAUGUGCCGGGCUUUUUGAUUUCUCGUAGAUGAUACCUGCAUCGCGAGAAAAAUAAUCUUUUCGCACUUACAUUUGUGUACUUAGGCUGCAGCACAAGAUUACUUUGGGCUCGUAAGAUGUCCAAUGAAGAAUGUCUUUAUACAGUAGUGACCAAUAUGUUAUUUGUAGUGCACAACGUGAGUUAUGAACGUUAUGUGUUAAAAGUUGGAGAAAAAAUGUUUUGUCAUUGACAUGUUGAUGGUAUCUCUGCCAUUUUUUUUGUAUUUGUGUCUAAACUGAAAAUGAGUUGAUCCAAAAAGAAAAAUAAAGUUUUCUCUCAGUCAUA